CAGGGAUCCCCAGCCAGUGAUGUAGAUGAGGAUGAUGAAGGUGCAUAAGAAAGACUCUGUGGGGAGAAAGAGCAGCGCCUGACUCUCCUCUCCUCCACUUACUCAUCCACUCUGAGCUGUGCCCUCUGAUUGGGCAGACGAUGUCAUCGACCACGCCCACCUCAGCCCCGCAUCCCAAGAAGACGCGCGGGAAGGAGAGGACUGAGGUCAUGGGCGACUUUGUGCAGACAGCCAAUGAGGAGCUUCGGAACAAGCUGAUGGACAUCCAGAUAGAACUGCAGCAGGAGAAGGGCAAGGUCUCUAAGCUGAGAGAGCGUCUCCAGGAGCAGAGGCAGGUCAGGGAACUGGAACAACACAAACACACGGUGGUCCUCACCGACCUCCGCGCCAAACUGCACGAGGAGAAGCUCCGCGAGCUGGCCACGGCCCGCGAGGCGUUGGCACGGCAACACGAGUUGGAGCUGGCGCGUACCAUUAAGAUCCGCGACGGGGAGGUACAGCGGCUGCAGGGGCUGGUCCAUGCACUGAGAGACGGUGCUGCUGACAAGCUGAAGAGUGCCCUGCUAGGGGAGGCCCGGGAGGAGGCCAGGAGGUCCUUCGAUGGGGAGAGACUCAAACUGCAGCAGGAGAUCCUGAAGCAGGAGACUGCACGGAAGCAGGUUGAGGAGGCUCUGUCUAAUGCGCUGCAGGCAGACAAGGCCAAAGCAGCCGACCUCCGAACAGCCUAUCAGCAGCACCAGGAUGAGAUCAACCGCAUCAAGAGAGACUGUGAGAGAGACAUCCGCCGGGUGAUGGAUGAGUUGAAGGGGAAGGACCGUGUGGUGUCAGCGUUGGAGAGGGAGCUGGGGGUGCAGGCUGGUUACGCCCAGAAGCUCCAGCUGCAGAAGGAGGCUCUGGAUGAACAGCUGGGUCACGUCAGGGAGGCAGAGAGGCACCACAGCAGCCCCAAGAGAGAGGUGGUCCCUGCCCUGGGGGACACCGCUGACUACCUCAACAACCAGGAGGUGGAAGAACUUCGCGAUGCGAGGAGGUUCCAGCUGAAGAUAGCUGAGCUCCACUCUGUUACCAGGAAGCUGGAGGACAGGAACACACUGCUGGCUGAUGAGAGGAAUGAACUGUUGAAGCGGGUGCGUGAGGCAGAGAGUCAGAUGAAGCCGCUCUUAGAUAAAUAUAAGAGGAUGUCGAAGAAGAACAAUGAUCUCCAACAGACUCUGCAGCGCAUGGAGGAUAAACUCAAGAACCUCAGCAGAGGGAACGCAGAGAUGAAGGAGAAAGUGCACUCUUGUACCCAGCAGCCUCAGCCUCAGCAGCUGAAGAGGCCUACCUCACUGACAGACCUAAGUCAGGCCCACGAGGAACAGGAAGUAGAGUUCCUCAAGCUGCAGGUUGCCGAGCAACGAGGCAUCAUCGACGAGCUCACGCAGGAACGUGACAGACUGAUGCUCUGCAAAAAGAAACGAAGAAAAACCUUCAAGCUACCACCUAAAAGGCAUGUUGUGGAGACAUAUUUUGGAUUUGAUGAGGAGUCUGUGGACUCUGAGACGUCGUCUCUGACCUCUUACAACACUGACCUCACAGACUGCACCCCUGCCACGCCCGAGGAGGACCUGGAGGAUGGUGUAUCUCGUGAAGAGUCAGAGCUGCGCUUCAGACAACUGACCAGAGAGUACCAGGCUCUCCAGCGGGCCUACGCCCUCCUACAGGAACAGACUGGGGGGUCACAUGACGCUGAGAGAGAGGCCAGGAACCGUGAGCAGCUGCAGGCGGAUCUGAUUGGGUGCCAGGCGAAGAUCGCCGACCUGGAGAAGGCAUUGGCCGAGAGGGGGCAGGACUCUAAGUGGGUGGAGGAGAAGCAGUACCUCAGCAGGACCAAUCAGGAACUCCACAACAAGAUGUGUGUGUUACAGCGAGCUGAGUGGAAGCUGCAGGCGGAGGUGCAGGACGCGAGGGACCAGAAUGAGUUGCUGGAGUUCAGAGUGCUAGAACUGGAAGAGAGGGAACACAGGCCUCCAGCCAUGGGCUUCCACGUGACUACCUUCCCAGAGAACAGCAACAGCGCUCUGCAGAUCUUCUGCCACCAGGAGGGCAUCAAGGAUGUGGUUAUUCCAGAUCUGAUGAAGAAACUGGAUAUCCUGGGAGAUAAUGGGAACUUGCGUAACGAGGAGCAGAUUGUCGUCAUCCAGGCAGGGACGGUUCUGUCAAUGUGUGAGAAGUGGUUAAAGCAGAUAGACAGCACAGAGGAAGCCUUGACCCAGAAGAUGAUUGACCUGGAGAAUGAGACGGACCUGUUCAGUAAGCAGAAGGGUUUCCUGGAGGAGGAGCUGGACUACAGGAAGCAGGCCCUGGAUCAGGCCUACAUGAGGAUCGCGGAGCUGGAGGCUACGCUGUAUAACGCUCUGCAGCAGGAGCCGGGGGGGCGUGCGGUGGCAGAGUCUCUGUCGGACAGGCAGAGGGAGGAGCUGGGGCUAGCCGUGGACAAACUGCGGAGGCAGAUACUCAGGCAGAGCCGCCAGUAUGACAGUCAGAUCUUACAGGAGCGCAUGGAGCUGCUACAGCAGGCCCAGCAGAGAAUAAGACAGUUGGAAGGCAUGAUUGAGAUGCAAAAGAGACAAGUCAAGGAAAUAGAAGAAAAGUUUUUGUUCCUCUUUUUGUUUUUCUCACUAGCUUUUAUUCUUUGGCCUUAAUGACGCUGACAUGGACCGACAUCAGGUGCUAAGGCGCUCAGGUAGAGAGUGAGGAAGAAACGCACAACAUAUUUGUUUUUUAUGCAUUUUUAGAUGGUUCACAAACCUUAUGGCCUUUUUGAUAAACAUGCACUUUUAAUCUGGAAUGCAAAACAAAACAAAACCAUGACUCUGAAAAGUGAACAAAUUUCAGAGACAUGUAAAGAGAUGUAUAUCAGUGUUUUUUAUAUAAAGGAAGUCACCUACCAUUUCUGGAAGUGGAACAAUUAGGUAAACUCUAAUGUGAGUUCUAAAAAGCAUAAACAUUGUGACUGGAACACUGAAGCAGGUCAACAAGGAAAACAGUGAUUGAGACAGUGCCUCAGAUUAAUUUAGAGCCACACAACGAAAGAGUGCAAUCAGAG